UGCGCACGUGUACGUGGCGCGAUGUAUCGCGAGACGCGAAUCUGUCAUGUCAUACCGUCACAUCAGCGAACUGACGUAAACUUCAAAUAGUAUUUGCGUGAUAAUCAGGUAGCACAAUCGUCGACUCUCCUUUCGACAUCGAAUUAAUUUUGCAAGAAAAACUCCACGGAUCUCGCGUGUCGAUUGGUUUUGCGAGUGUCGCACGAGACUCAAGGAUGGAACGAAACUUGGUGAAAACAUUGGAUGACACGCAUGAUAAGAAAGGAAUCAUUGGCUGUAUUUUGGCUGAUCACGCUGGUCUCUGUCUUGGAGUUAAGGGCGAUGCAUCGAGCGACAGUGCCGGGUUGAUAGCGGCCAUAGCGGAUUUAGUUGCAAAAUUGGAACCGAAAUCCGGAUCACCAAUUAUAUCGCUUCAAAAUGAUAACAGGCAGUGUAUUAUACUUCGUAAGGAACCUGUAGUUGGUGCUAUAUAUAAAGACAUAUCGACUUGAAGCAAUCACUGUUGUACAAGUGACUAAAACUUAUUUAUAAUAUUUAUAUCCAAAAUGCGAUCUUUUUUU